CGUCGGCAAAGUCAAGAUCCUCGAGGGUGGAGAAGAUGGUCCACUUUAUGCCUCUUUUAUUGUUUGUUUGGUUUUGGGGUGUUUUUGCUUUUUUUUUUUGGUUGCUUUUUUAUCACCCUGUAGUUCCGCCAAGUCGAAAGUUUCAAUGUGUACAAGAUAUAUCCCUGAGAUCACGGUGUGUGUUUUCCCAGGAGAAGAUUCUGGCUUCAAGUACUACGGCACUGUCGGGGGAGUGUGUGCGGCCGUGGUUGCUGUGAUGGCUACUGCCAUUGGUGUCUACUUUGUCAGACAGUACAGAAUGAGACAACAGAAGCAGAGUCAGGCCAACGCUGAAACCAUCGUUCCUCUUGGUGCUAGAAGCUAUAUAAAUGGCUCCUUCCCUGAACCAACAUCGUACGCAUUAUCUGCGAUAUCACCAGCGUCUGUCAUCCCUCAGCCAGGAACAAAGACCGGCCACUUGUAAAGACAAGACACAGUGGACAAACUAAGUGGUGUUCAAUUUGACCCUCAAAAGUUACAUCAGUGAUUUAAAAAAAUAAUAAUAAUAUGUCUUACUGAAAAUUAACUUUUUCUAUCUUUAGAAAGAAGUCUCAAAUCUGGGGAGAUGCCCGUUCGACUGAGUUUGUGCAUGGCCAGGUUUGAGAAGAAAACUAGACAGGUAAAUGUGCACGUAUUAAACAGAAUUCUACAGAAAUGAUCUUAGUUUUAGUAGUUUUUGUAAGGUUUUGCGGCUCUCGCAACUGCAAAAGGCCACAUGAGCGACACGGGUUGGAUGUCAACAGAGAAGUCGGAACAGUACACUACGCAAGUUAACCGAACUGCUUGUGACGUGAGACAUGACGAUAACAAGGAUGGACGCC